CUCAAUUAUGUACUUAGGGGCAAGUCCCUGAAAUUGAAUUCCUGGGUCACAGGGCAUGCAACUGUUUAAACAUUUGCCAAUUGCCUUCCAGAAAAUUUCACCACCAGCAAGGUUUGAGAGACACUGUUUUCCCAUUGGGGGAAACAUUUAUUUUUUAAAUAAACGAGCCAGUAUAUUUAAAAAAAGAGAGUUUGGUUGGUGCCAGAUGUAGCUUCACUCUCAACCCUGCCGUCUGCUGGGGGUGAGAUCUCGAGGGAGCUCUGUGGCUUUUUUGAACCUCAGUUUCCUCAUCUGCAAAACCAGGCCUUCCUAGCCGAGCUCUUAAGAGACUGGCUGAGAUGAGGCAAGAUGAACAGUGAUGAAUGUGGGGUCUUUCUGUGGGGAGGGUGGACAGGGAUGAUCAUAGGAGUCAGGCUUCCUCAUCCACUGAUCUGGGCAGUGAAAUCUGGCUUCUAAGUAUGACCUUAUGACUUCAAUGAUGUCGCAAGCAGGUUCCAGUCCCUGUGCCUCCCCUUCCCACUCCCAGGAGCCCAUCCAGCCUCAGGAACUGCCCCCAGCCAUCGAGCCUUGGCUACUUAAGGGACCUGGGCCCAAUCCACAGCUGGGACAGUCCUGGCCCACUGCACUGGGAAUCUAGGAUGGGGGCUUUGGCCAGAGCCCUGCCGUCCAUACUGCUGGCAUUGCUGCUCACGUCCACCCCAGAGGCUCUGGGUGCCAACCCCGGCCUGGUCGCCAGGAUCACCGACAAGGGACUGGAGUAUGCGGCCCAGGAGGGGCUAUUGGCUCUGCAGAGUGAGCUGCUCAGGAUCACGCUGCCUGACUUCACCGGGGACUUGAGGAUCCCCCACGUCGGCCGUGGGCGCUAUGAGUUCCACAGCCUGAACAUCCACAGCUGUGAGCUGCUUCACUCUGCGCUGAGGCCUGUCCCCGGCCAGGGCCUGAGUCUCAGCAUCUCCGACUCCUCCAUCCGGGUCCAGGGCAGGUGGAAGGUGCGCAAGUCAUUCUUCAAACUACAGGGCUCCUUUGAUGUCAGUGUCAAGGGCAUCAGCAUUUCGGUCAACCUCCUGUUGGGCAGCGAGUCCUCCGGGAGGCCCACAGUUACUGCCUCCAGCUGCAGCAGUGACAUCGCUGACGUGGAGGUGGACAUGUCGGGAGACUUGGGGUGGCUGUUGAACCUCUUCCACAACCAGAUUGAGUCCAAGUUCCAGAAAGUACUGGAGAGCAGGAUUUGCGAAAUGAUCCAGAAAUCAGUGUCCUCCGAUCUACAGCCUUAUCUCCAAACUCUGCCAGUUACAAAAGAGAUUGACAGUUUCGCCGGCAUUGAUUAUAGCUUAGUGGAAGACCCUCGGGCAACAGCCCAGAUGCUGGAGGUGAUGUUUAAGGGUGAAAUCUUUCAUCGUAACCACCGUUCCCCAGUUACCCUCCUUGCUCCAGUCAUGAGCCUUCCUGAGGAACACAACAAAAUGGUCUACUUUGCCAUCUCGGAUUAUGUCUUCAACACGGCCAGCCUGGUUUAUCAUGAGGAAGGAUAUCUGAACUUCUCCAUCACAGAUGACAUGAUACCGCCUGACUCUAAUAUCCGACUGACCACCAAGUCCUUCCGACCCUUCGUCCCACGGUUAGCCAGGCUCUACCCCAACAUGAACCUGGAACUCCAGGGAUCAGUGCCCUCUGCUCCGCUCCUGAACUUCAGCCCUGGGAAUCUGUCUGUGGACCUCUAUAUGGAGAUAGAUGCCUUUGUGCUCUUGCCCAGCUCCAGCAAGGAGCCUGUCUUCCGGCUCAGUGUGGCCACUAAUGUGUCCGCCAUCUUGACCUUCAAUACCAGCAAGAUCACUGGGUUCCUGAAGCCAGGAAAGGUAAAAGUGGAACUGAAAGAAUCCAAAGUUGGACUAUUCAAUGCAGAGCUGUUGGAAGCGCUCCUCAACUAUUACAUCCUUAACACCCUCUACCCCAAGUUCAACGAUAAGUUGGCCGAAGGCUUCCCCCUUCCUCUGCUGAAGUGUGUUCAGCUCUACGACCUUGGGCUGCAGAUCCAUAAGGACUUCCUGUUCUUGGGUGCCAAUGUCCAAUACAUGAGAGUUUGAGGACAAGAAAGAUGAAGCUUGGAGGUCACAGCUGGAUCUGCUUGUUGCAUUUCCAGCUGUGCAGCACGUCUCAGAGAUUCUUGAAGAAUGAAGACAUUUCUGCUCUCAGCUCCGGGGGUGAGGUGUGCCUGGCCUCUGCCUCCACCCUCCUCCUCUUCACCAGGUGCAUGCAUGCCCUCUCUGAGUCUGGACUUUGCUUCCCCUCCAGGAGGGACCACCCUCCCCGACUGGCCUGGGAUAUCUUUACAAGCAGGCACUGUAUUUUUUUAUUCGCCAUCUGAUCCCCAUGCCUAGCAGAGUGCUGGCACUUAGUAGGUCCUCAAUAAAUAUUUAUUAAAUGAUGAGAUGAUGGAAUCACCUGGUAUUCUAGCUGAGCCUCAUCACUGCCUGCCCUCUUCUGACCUCAGGGGUCUUUGGAUAGUCAGCCACAUCUAUGGUCUCCAAGGCCCCUUUCUCAUCGCCGCUGCUAUGGGAGCCUCAAUGAGAGAACCAGGGAUUCUGUACAUCAUGUAGCCCUGGAUCUGGCACUGGUGCUCCGUCUCUAAGGCCCUUGUCCUGUCUCAGCCAGGGUCUCACUUCAACAUCGCUCCCUCCCUCAUUUCUUGCCUGCUACAGCCAAGGGAGCCAAUGAUCUCCCGGAGGAAAAACGCAGCCUCCCGCUGCUUUUCCCUCAUUGAAGCAGGUGUAAAUUAGGAGGAAAUGGAUCUGUCUAAGUUUUUGGUCCAACCCCAAUAAAAAGCUCAUCCAACUGUUGUUUAUGAGCCCCAAGCCUGGAGGGAGAGGCCCUGAUUUCUAAUUACUGAACAAUGAGCCUUUGAUCAGACUAAUAAAGAGUCAUUUCCAAGUUAUGUAGUUGGGCUCCCAGGGACUGGGAGUCAGAAGACUCGUUUGAUAAUUUUUUUUAUUGUGUUAAUGAGCAGAUGGAUGGAGCUUCAGGCUAGCAGAUAAUUCACAGGGAAUAAUCCCAUUUACCCUGUGUGUGACAGAGAUGUGUUCCAAGAUGGGACGAUGUGUUGUCGCCCAGCUGGUGGCAGGGUAAGCUGUGGCUUCAAGUCCUCUCUCCUCUCCAUUUUUGUUCAUUUGUUUACCACCACCAUCCAUCCCUAUGACCGACUGGCAAAGGACACAGGCUUCAUCCAGUACUAGCCGUGUGGCCUUGGG